AUGGCGAGUCCAGCUGAACUGUCCUCAUCGAUUAGUUUCACAUCAUUUUCUCAUGUAUCUAAUGGCUCUAUUGAUAAUAAAGAUGCCCUUGGAGGCUCUGAGAUGGGGUUCAAUCUCGAUAUCAUCAGCUUAAGUAAGCUAAGCAUUAAUUUGGAGCAACUUUUAUGUGAUUCCAAUAGUGAUUUCAGUGAUGCGGAUAUUGUAGUUGAAGGCACUAGUGUUGGUGUUCACCGAUGUAUAUUAGCUGCCAGGAGUAAAUUUUUUUGUGAUCGUUUUGGAAAAGACAAGGGAUCCAUUGGGAAGGAAAGCAAGCCAAAGUACUUUAUGACGGACCUGUUGCCUUAUGGCCAGGUUGGAUAUGAGGCUUUUCUUAUUUUCUUGAGCUACUUGUACACUGGAAAGCUAAAGUCAUCUCCACCAGCGGUGUCUACGUGCGUUGAUAACAUAUGCGCCCAUGAUGCCUGCAGACCUGCCAUCAACUUUGCUGUGGAAUUGAUGUAUGCAUCCACUGUUUUUCAAGUUUCGGAACUGGUCUCACUUUUUCAGCGUCGACUUCUCAACUUGGUCAGCAAGGCUAUUGUAGAAGAUGUUAUCCCAAUACUGAUGGUCGCCUAUCAUUGUCAAUUACCUCAACUUCUCACACAGUGUGUCCAUAGAGUGGCACGAUCAGACCUCGAGUCCGUCGCUAUUGAGACAGAGCUUCCAUACAACGUUGCAGAGGAAAUUAGAAUGCUCCGCAUUAAUUGUCAGGCUGAAAAUGAGGUAAUUGUUGAUCCCUUGCGCGAGAAGAGAAUUAAGAGAAUACACAAGGCAUUGGAUUCGGAUGAUGUUGAACUUGUCAGGCUUCUCCUAACUGAGUCUGAUAUAACCUUAGACGAGGCCUUUGCUCUCCACUAUGCUGUUGCAUAUUGUGAUCCUAAGAUAGUAUCUGAGGUUCUUAGUCUAGGUUUGGCUGAUGUCAACCUUCUCAAUAGGCGGGGUUACACUGUUCUUCACAUUGCUGCUAUGCGCAAGGAGCCAUCAAUUAUAGUUUCUCUUUUGACUAAGGGAGCGAUUGCAUCAGAAACAACAUUGGAAGGACAGAGUGCAGUUAGUAUUUGUAGGAGAUUGACGAGGCCGAAAGAUUAUCAGGCAAAGACAGAGCAGGGGCAGGAAGCAAACAAAGACAGGAUAUGCAUUGAUGUUUUGGAGAGAGAGAUGCACAGGAAUCCAAUGGCUGGAGAUGUGUUGGUGUCUUCCCUGACAAUGGCUGAUGAUCUGCAUAUGAAACUGCUUUACCUAGAAGACAGAGUGGCAUUUGCACGAAUGUUUUACCCCACUGAAGCUAAGCUAGCUAUGGAAAUUGCACAUGCUGAGACAACUUCUGAGUUAGCUGGUCUUCUGUCAUCAAAAGGUUCAAGUGGGAACUUGCGGGAGGUUGAUUUGAAUGAGACACCCCACAUGCAGAACAAAAGGUUCCUCGCAAAAAUGGAAACCCUCUCAAGAACAGUUGAGUUAGGGCGUCGGUAUUUCCCUCAUUGCUCUCAAGUGCUGGAUAGGUUUAUGGAGGAUGACUUGCCCGAUCUAUUCUAUCUUGAGAAAGGUACUCCAGAGGAGCAGAGAAUCAAGCGAACACGCUUUAUUCAACUCAGAGAUGAAGUUCAAAUAGCAUUCAACAAGGACAAAACUGAGCUUCACCGCUCCAGAUUAUCUUCGUCUUCCACCAAAUAUGGCGUAAAUUACAAAGUCAGGAAAUUGUAA